UCCAUCGCACGCCUCGCCAGCGUCGGAAAAUAGAAGAAGAAAUGUGUCUUUUACCUAAAAAUGACCCGCUCUUUUAGCUCUCGUGUUGUCGCGCGACCAUCCGCUUCGUGGUGAAGAAAGCUGACAUUUUGUAUCCACAACGCGUCCAUAAUUAGUCUUUUUAUUUAUCCCGUCAAUUAGACAAAGAGGGCAACACAACACAAGAGGAGUACAGCUGUGGGGUUUCAGGGCUCAUUCUUCAUUUCGUUGGUCAUUCCUUUAACUCACCUGCCGACACUCCUGACGCUGUUCAGUUUGGGGAUGUAAACGCCAGGAAGACACUUUAACGGACCUGCACUGAUAUGAAUCAACGAGUGUUUUUUAUUCCCCCAGCACAAUGAGCCCGUUUGGAGUCUGAAACGUCUCGUGAAAGCCUCAGGCUUGUAAGGGAACUGGCCCAGCCCCCCCUUCCACCCUAACAUCCCACUGUGUCGCACAACUACAUCGUCCUUUCCCUGCUGUGGCCAUCCCAUGGAGAGUGCACGCCCACCCAGAUAGGAUGCCUGCCUUGCCCGACGUCCUGCAUCCCCUCCUGCCCAUCACCACCUCCUCCUUCUCCUCGCGUGUACCUGCUCUUGCCAACAGUUCCUUGCAGCCCCCCAGGCUCCGCCCUGCCCCGCACCAACAUGGUGGAUGAGGUAUCCACCAUGAAGGAUGACGUCAUCAACGCCAACACGCUGGCUUGGCUGGUCUGCUCGGGCUUGUCCAUCCUGGCCAACACUUGGAGCAUCCUUAGCGUCAGUGCCAAGCAGAAAAAGUGGAAGCCGCUGGAGUUCCUCAUCUGCACGCUGGCGGGGACGCACAUCCUAAACAUGGCCAUCCCCAUCACCAUGUACUGUGUCAUAUCGCUGCGCCGUCAGCACUCCAACUACGAGUGGAACGAGGGUCUGUGCAAGGUGUUUGUCUCCACCUUCUACACUCUCACAUUGGUCACUUGCUUCUCCGUCACCUCGCUCUCUUAUCACCGCAUGUGGAUGGUGCGCUGGCCUGUAAACUACAGGUUGAGUAACACCAAGAAGCAGGCGGUGCACACAGUGAUGGGAAUCUGGAUGGUCUCCUUCAUCCUGUCCACUCUUCCAGCAGUGGGCUGGCACGACACCAAUGAACGCUUCUACACCUCUGACUGCCGAUUCAUUGUGACGGAGAUCGGUCUGGGCUUCGGCGUGUGCUUUCUGCUGCUGAUCGGUGGAAGCGUGGCCAUGGGUGUGAUCUGCAUCGGCAUCGCUCUCUUCCAGACCUUUUCAAUUCAGGCGGGCCACAAGGCUGACAAAAACAAGUUCAAUGUCCCCACCAUAGUAGUGGAGGACGCCCAGGGGAAGCGCAGAUCAUCCAUCGAUGGAUCGGAGCCUCUCAAGACGUCACUGCAGAUCACCUACCUGAUCAGUGGAAUCGUCUUUAUCUAUGACUUCCUGACCGGCUUCCCCAUACUGGUGGUGAGCUUUGCCAGUCUGAAGUUUGACCGCUCCUACAACUGGAUGGUGUUGUGCGUGCUGUGGUGCUCCAUCGCCCAAUCCAUCCUGCUGCCCAUGUUCCUCUGGGCUUGUGACCGCUAUCGGGCUGACAUUCGCAUGGUGUGGGAGAAGUGUGUCGCCAUCAUGUCAAACGACGACGUGGAUGAGGAAAACAGCCAAGAUGGAGGAAUUCAUGCCGACUUAAUAUAUGACAGACCAUAUGACUAUAGCUCGGCGCCUGAAAUCGUGACGGUAGACCGUAAAGCCAAGUAUGAAUUCUCAACCUUAGAAAGGGGGGUUCCGCAAGGGUAUCCAUUGAGGGAACAACAGGAAGAUAAAAUGCAGUAUUUGCAGGUGCCCCCUACAAGAAGAUACUCCCACGACGAAACCGACAUGUGGACCAGCGACCGGAUCCCCUCAUACCUUCAUCGAUGGGGCUCCACCGAGGACAUGAUAGUGACUGCCCACUACAGCUCCACCUUGCCGCGCCGCGAGAGGCGCAGGAGCAGCCUGGUCUCCUACCACGAGGAGAGCCACCAUCACCAUCACCCGCAUCGAAAGCGGCGACGCUCUGAGGACAGUAUGCACUCCCUCAAGCACUUGCCACGCGUGGUUUGUAGCGGGGAGCACUAUGAGGACGAACUGCGGUGUUUUAGCCGUGAUGAGGUGAUCAACUUUAUAGAUGAGACGCCGCUGCCGAGCCCCAGGAAGAGCCCACGGCGCACAUCCAGCAUCUCACUUAUACCCAAUGUGUAUGAACAGCACACAGUCAUCCUUCCUCACUUCCUGCUCACAGACUUUGAUCAUGAGCCUCAGGCGCUCAGGCGGAUCUCUGAACACAAAAGGAGCAGUAGUCGGGGCAACACGCCCGAGGUUUCCCCCAAACCAGACAGACGUGCUGGAAAGAAGAGCCCCGGGGCUUGUGGCUCUGGUAAAGGCUGCAGGGAGCGCGUGCGAGACGGGAAACAGCAGUGUGAGGUGGGCUCACCUGGGCGCAGCCAGCAGACUCCAGGGCACUCUGCCUGUAGGCCCAGGACAGGCGGUGGAGCCAGGGCUGGGGCUGGAGCUGAUUGGGGGCAUCAGAAGCACCUGAGCAAGGGUGAGAGUAAAGGAAGCACAAACAGUUUUGUAAGCAUACCUCCGGCAUCGUCCUCGGGAUACAUCACCUUUCACUCUGAUUCUGUCGGCUCCACCACCUAAAAGCAACGUUUUCCCUUUGUUUAUAUGAACAUCAUUCCUUAAGUUAUUAUCGUAAUGAAAACCACUGGAACAUUGGUGGUUAUGGGGUAGUGACGUAUUGCAUUUAUUUUUAUUUUUUACUUGUGCUACUAUUCUGUUUUACUGUAGGCCGAUAUACCACCAAUAAAUAUCUGUUAUGCGAAAUGGCCUUGGGAGCUUUGGACACAAUUUCUGAAUAAGCCUAAUGUUGAUUUCAUAGGCUGGUUAAAGGUUGAGUUGUCCAGUAAUUCAGCUUUCACAUCCCAAAAUAUUCACUGAGGACAUUUUUUGUUUCCAGCACUGACACAAAAAAAACAUUUUUUUUAAAACAGCGUGAACAUUCCCGCACCUUGUUUUUGCUGUUCGAUGUUGUUUCCUAUGAACUGCUCAAAGAAUUACAGGAGGUAGUUGUUCGGGUGGAGUUUUUUCCCCUCCUUUUUUUUGCACUUUAGAACUUGAACUCAAAUUGUAUUUUAUUUUGCCUUUUAAUGGCUGUGUGUUUCGUUGUAUGGACACAUUUGCUUUCAAACCAAACUUUCCUGAAUAUUGCCCAUGUACCUUGGGCAUGACACAUUAUACAUGUUUAUUUUGAUCAUGAUGUACAACUCUUCUAUUAACAUGAUUAUUCACAAUACAUAAAAACCGUUUUUCAAGCACCCUAUGUUGAAGUAAACAGAGUGGUUAUCCCAAACUCUUUAAUGCCUACUAGUUUGACAGUUUCUGUGUGAUAUUGAGAUAUAACGUGAAGACCCCUAAAUUCUUUAUGAAAAUGUGAAGUCAGUUUUUAAAGAAGAUUGACAUUGCAUGUAUAUAUGAAGGAUGUUGGAUUUAUGGUUUUGGUGUUCUUUUUUGUUUAAUGAGACAUUUUACUUAGAACAUUUCCUCCCAAUUCUUAUUAUUCUGAUGUUUGUGUUAACUUUGAAGAUCAGGCACAACAGGUUCUCACCCUUUGCAUAUUUACAUAGAACAUCAGACCAAUACAGCUGGAAAUGGUGCUUUGUCCCUGUCAAUGGAACAUGUCCGCCUAACCUCACCACCUAUUUGUUUUCAGUAACGUGUUAGAACGCACCAAAAAUGUUUUAUUUUAUAUUUUAAAGUAGCUUUCUGAGAAGGAUCCUCUAAAAGAUGUUGAAUGGUCCAAAAGUUGAAUAAUCGCAGCCUUCAAACUGACUAGAUGUAGCAGAACUUAAAUGCAGGUGUUACACCUAAACCCAAUAAAUAUUCAUACAAAUUAGGAACAUUGUUAAUAGAAUGGAAAAAGAGUAUAAUGGCAAAUUAACGAUUUAUAGUAAGUUUCGACAAAAAGCAGAAAUAACAUUUGUAUGUUAUCUCAUAAUAUGCAUUUAGACUGCUAAUGGUUCUAUGCUGGGAGGUGGGUUUUGUAAAGACACUGAUUUAUCUCAGCCCCAUGGAGUUUGCCUAAUAAAUGUACAUCAAAUGUAAACAUCACCGAAGCCUCAGUAAGGGAUGCUGUGGGAAAAUCAAAGUUUAGAUUUAUUCAUUUUCUAUAAAUAUAUAUUUGGAGAGAAUGAUUAUUUCACAUCAUAGCAAAGUAUAUCAUGUCAAGGACAAAAAUAGUAUCACUAAAUGAUCAGUUAAAAGCAACUGACCGUCGUUAGAUUAAUGAAGAAUUUAUCAUGUUGACCAAAUGUGACAAUUUGCUGGCUGAAAGGAGUGAGAACUCUAAUACUGACAAAUAAUAGGAGAACCACCUUUGAGCUUUGACCUCUCCUGGACAGUAACUGCCACCAUGAAUGUAUUUGGACAUUAGGUUAAAGUUUUCAAAGAAAUUAGUAAGGGUAUGAGUACAACAUGAAAUUAACGUCCCCUUUGACAGCCUUAUUAUCUGUGAAUUUGUGUUGCCGUUACCCUCCAAAAAAUAAAGUUGCACGUGUUUCACAUUUACGCUUUAACCCAUAUGCAGUCUUUUAAAUGUUUAGUUUAAAUCCUUGUGUAUUAGUGCACCUCUCACUCAUUGCAGCCUCUUCAAUUGGACAGAAAUAUUGUUUUUAGCUGAAAUGUAUCUUUCUUUGGAAGUAUAACAUCACAUUUCCCAGUCAAACUUGUCAUAGAUUUUUGCAUUUUGUUGUGUUUACAAUAUUAAAAUAUUAUUUUGUAACAUAUUCAAAGAUUUAUGACUCAAAUAUGAAUGAUGUUAAAUGUUAUGAUUUUCUUGUUGAUGACUUUGUUUAAAAGAUAUGACUGAUUAAAUUCACAAGAUGCACCAGAGUGUGUUUUAAACAUUU